UAAUGUGAUGCGCUCUCCAAGAUGGGCGUGGAAAAAGGAUUGUAUAAAGAAACAGAGUGUAUCUGCAACACUUAUGUAUCCCAGAGUGAAUGUAGUGAGGAAAGGAAUGUAAAGUAUGUUUCCUUUCCGGGCAUCGUGAUAUUGUGACAGCAUGUGACUUUUGGACCGAGUUUCAAAGCCAGACUGUUUUCCCAAGCAACAUAAAGAAUAUUACUUACUGCAAAACUAUGAAAGAACUUAUUACAGAAGAUUAAUUUUAGGAGUAUGUUUUGUAUCUUAUUGUUUUUUGCUAAACUGCCAAAAACCUACCAGGUUUAUUUCCUGCAGUGGCUUUCAGUUUAAUUCCUUCUGUAUUUUUAGUUUAAUGCAGUGAAGAAUAAUAUUUUGAAAUCCAGUUUUUCUCAAAUUGAUCUGAGAGUUCUACAACCUCUUCAUACUCACCAAACUGUUUAUCAGUGGAACUGAAGAAAACAAGUAAGAUGAUAAACUAGCUCUGGAACGGAAGGAGUUUUAUGACAAGGAUGGACUUUGCUUGUUGUGAUUCGCACUUCUGAGAAGAAUGGUUAUCUGGAAGAAACAGAUUUCCUGAAACUUAAAAGUGGAUUUCUCUUCUCAUACUGGUUUCUUUAAAAAGAAAAAGAGGUAGUCAGUCCUAUGGCUGAUAUGAAACUUCGGGAGCUAGCAUCCUCCAGACUCUAUCAGCGGCGGCAGGAUCGUCUGAGUGGCACAGUGGCAUUAUUCAGUGAUGGGAAAGAGAGGGCAGCUGGGAUAUUUGGUAAUAUGACAGAUGCCCUGGCGAAUGCUGUAUGUGAACGCUGUCGGGCUCGUUUUGACCCCACAGAGAGAAUUGUGAACAGCAAUGGGGAGCUGUAUCAUGAAAGCUGCUUUGUCUGUGCUCAGUGCUUCCGCCAGUUUCCAGAUGGACUCUUUUAUGAUUUUGAAGGAAGAAAAUAUUGUGAGCAUGAUUUCCAGAUGUUAUUUGCACCAUGCUGCGGAGAAUGUGGUGAAUUCAUCAUUGGCCGAGUUAUCAAGGCAAUGAACAAUAACUGGCACCCAGAAUGCUUUCGCUGUGAGCUCUGUGAUGUGGCUCUUGCUGAUUUGGGCUUUGUGAAGAAUGCUGGCAGGCACCUCUGCAGACCUUGCCACAAUCGUGAGAAAGCAAAAGGCCUGGGCAAAUAUAUUUGCCAGAAAUGCCAUCUGAUAAUUGAUGAGCAACCUCUGAUGUUCAGGAAUGACUCUUAUCAUCCAGAUCACUUCAGCUGCAGUCACUGUGGGAAAGAGCUGACUGCUGAAGCCAGGGAGUUGAAGGGGGAGCUCUAUUGCCUGCCAUGCCAUGACAAGAUGGGCAUUCCAAUUUGUGGAGCCUGCCGUCGACCCAUUGAGGGACGCGUGGUCAAUGCUCUGGGGAAACAGUGGCACGUGGAGCAUUUUGUUUGUGCCAAAUGUGAGAAGCCUUUCCUGGGGCAUCGGCACUAUGAGAAAAAGGGUCUGGCUUACUGUGAGACUCAUUACAACCAGCUCUUUGGAGAUGUCUGCUAUAACUGCAGCCACGUGAUUGAAGGGGAUGUGGUAUCUGCUCUGAACAAGGCUUGGUGUGUGAACUGCUUCUCCUGCUCUACCUGCAAUAUCAAGCUCACUCUGAAGAAUAAGUUUGUGGAAUUUGACAUGAAGCCAGUGUGCAAGAAAUGCUAUGAGAAGUUCCCGCUGGAGCUGAAGAAACGGCUGAAGAAGCUGUCUGAGUUAGCUUCCAAGAAAACUCAUCCCAAAGCUCUUGAUUUAAACUCUGCAUAAGCACAUUUGCUUCCUUACUGUGCACAUUUUUGCCAAAUACCGUCUGCCUUAGCAACUAAUUACUUGAGAAUGCUUCAGCCGGGCUAAGAAAAUACAAAAGCUCACCAGUUGUAUCUUAUACCCUGAAUGUUUUUCUGCUCAGGUAUAAUGCGCAGGUCCAGGCUUCCAGAAGAAAGCUGUGAUUAUAUAUGCUAGUGCACUACUUUCCCUUUGUAUUAAGUUGGGUAUCAUGCUUUUCAAAAACUUCCUUUGCUAUGAUUUGGAAUUUCUUGCUUUUAUUCAUCCAUGUUUAAUAACCAAAAUUAAGCUGUGUCAGCCACAAGUAGAAAGCUGGGGUGAAAGUAGCUUGCUUAAGCCUCAAAAUUAAAGCUCAAAAUUAGCUAAAAAUCACACUUGUACCAAAGAUAAAGAAAUGCUUUCAAGAAAGAAAUUCUGAACUGAAAAAUGAUUGAAGCAAGAAAAUUAAGUAGCUUUUUGCUGUCCACUUUUUUUUAACCAAAGGGGCAAAUGUAAAACUGUCCAGGACUACUUUACUUACUUAGGCGAUCCCUCGUUGUCUGAGUAUAAUGGCCUUCCAAGUGUAAUGUCUUGGUGGUGGAUACGUAGGUGACUAUAGAGGCUUAUUCUUGUCCUGCAUGUUCUUCCACAGUGAGGACAUUGGUUUCCAGGUGGAAGGUGGUUCCAGUCAGGGUUGGCUUGAUGCGCCUUCCUCUUGGCACAUUUCUCCCUUUCACCCAGGACUAACGUUGUGGGAUUCAUGUGAAUUAAAUGUAUGAGAUAGCUAGUAUUUCCCUCUUCAUGAUCACAAACAUACAGAAGAAAGAAAGAGUAGGUAUAGCUUAAACACAAUAAACAGUUGUAGCACUGUGUGUACUGAGAAGUAAUCACAGCAUCUGCUAUAGCAGGUAAGGACAGCCAACUAAAAUAACCAGUAUUUAUGUUAUAUAUUGCCUUAGAAUAGUAUAAUGUAACAUCUGAGUUCAGACUUCAUGGCUGAAUUGUACUUGCUGGAAGAAGUCCUCAUUGCCUUCAUUUAUAGUACUUUCAUUCAGGGAUGAAGGUGGAAAUUCUAAGCAUUUUAGCUUUCUCCCCCCCCCCCCCCUUAAUAUUGGCAUCAGUGUAGACAAGCUAUUGUAAAUUUCCUAGUAUCUACACCUGCUUCUAGGGGCAAUCUACAAAAUAUUGCAGCUUUACUAUUCACCUUCAUUUCAGCAUUUGUUAUAAAAUCCUAUGGUAAUGUUGGACGAGCAAAUAAAUUGUCCCCAACGUGUAUUUUCCAAUUAACAUGGGAAUAAAAAGUGUGUAUUUAACAUUUUUCUUGUCACUAUACCCCCCCCCCCCCCCCGGCUAAUCUCAUCUCCUUCCUGUCUUAUUCCUGAACUAGAGCUCAGGCAGCUUACCGGCUGAUAGGAAUUGUGGGAGUUGAAGUCCAAAACAACUGGACGGCCAAAGUUUGCCCAUGCCAGGUGUUGAGGAAGUUUGUGUCUAGAGAAUUAGUAUAGACUUUUGGGUCAGAGGAGUGGCAGACAUGAGUCUUUAUUCCUACCACCAGCCAGUUGUUUACCACGUUUCACCCUCGGUGCAAGCAAUAAGAGACAAAGUUUGGGGACCCUGUGCUUGUGUCCUGAAUCACCAUUCCAGUAUAAAUAGUACUGAUUUCAUAAAUCCCACCAUUGUAUUUGUAUUCCUUUCACCAGGAAAGUGGUGUGGAACCUAUUUGUAGCUGUUGCAUUUAGUAUAGAGCAGAAAAACAUGAAUUCAUUUUUAUACAGUAAUUGUGUAUUUUCCUGUAUAUAAGAGAAUAAUCUUUUUCAUAGCUAAUACUGCAAUAUUGUUCUUUAUCAGCUACUUCCUACUUAUCAGCACUUAACGUUGGUUUCUACGUUUAACAGCACAAAAGGGUUGUUCUCUAGAACUAUCCUUCACCAAUGAAUAUUGUUUCACAAGUAAAAGCACAUAAUUCACUAUAAUGUGUAAUAAUUGUUUCUUCCAAAUACAUAAUGUGUUCUUGCUUGCUAGGAAGCAAUUUUCCUUUCAUGUUUUCUUGGAAAUGUUAAUAGCAAAUAGUUUUUUAAGGGCUAGAUGUUCCUAGGAAAUUAGAUCAGUAGAACAGAGCAUAUCACAAGGCUCUUACAUGAAAAUGUUUAUGCCCUGUGGGAAAAUGUUUCCAUUUAUGGCUUAAAUGAAUGUCGGUGCUGUGGGAUGGGAAUGAGAGAGUAAGCAUUGAUAUAGUGAUAAAUAUAAUAAAAUCACUGGCUAGUUGUGCAUUGAAGGAGUGAAAGAGCAGCUUCUUGAAGUUUGUUUGCUUGCUUUUAAUGGCCUAAAGGCAACUGCAGAUCAGGGACCCUUGUUUAUAAACAAGCACAAAAAAUAGUAUAUAAAAAAUGGAAGGAUUUUUAGUGGUUUAGCUUGAAAGCAAUUUUCAGUUCCAAAAAUUAUAGGAUUGCUCACCUAUGCAUGAGAAGUGGUAUUUGCUGUUGAAAGCAGUUGUACAAUGUCAAAAUUACAGGGACAUGCAAAUUGUGUUCAUAUGGAGUACAAAUAUGAAUUGCACUGCUUUGCACUGAAUAUGACAUUGCGCUUUUUGUAUUAAUAUAUUUUACAUAUAUGAAUAACAGUCUCAUGGAUCAUUCCUGAAGAUAGCACAUACUUUUAGAUAGGACAUUAUCAACAUUAAAGGAAUAGUAACAUUUUCAACGUAUAUUCUUUGUUUUUUAAUAAUAAGGGUGAUGGAUAUUGUCAAAUAUUUUGCAAGAUAACCUUUAGAAGAAAAUGACCGUUUUCAUUAUAUACCUUGGUAGCAUACUGGGAAUAACAGCACAAUCCUAUGUCUGACUACUCAAAAACAAAUCUUACUAAGUUAUUCCCAGGUGUGUCAGGUAUGUAUAGGAUUUCAAUAGUACAGCCCUAGGCCGGUCUAUAGUUCAGUAGGAUUUAUUCCCAGGUAAGUGGGUAUAGGGUUGUAAUCUUGAAUCCUACAUAAAAAUGCUUACCUGUUAGAAUAUAAACCACUGUAAUGUAUAUAAGCUUAUCUCAUUUUUGUACAACCAGUCCUCUAUGUGUGGUGUUAGUUUUCCUUCAAGACCUACAUAGUUGCUGAGCAGUAUAUUGCUGUGGGAUCUUAGCACAAUAAUGUCACAAGCAAAAAGGAUAAAACCUUCUCAAUUGAAAUACCGGAUUCCUCCAUUUUACUUUAUAUUUUUGGAAUGAUAGUUCACUGCUACAUAAUAAAUCUUCACUUAUGGAAAAGCUUGAA